GUCUACCUUGGUAGUUACAAUAGUUAGGCCGCGAGAUCUCGUAAUUAUCCCUUUGUAAGAUUUAUGAAGGCAUCUUCGUAAAGAAUUAGGCCGAGAGGUCUGAAGUUUCAAGGGUUGGCGAGCGUGCCCUCGUACCAAGCGCACCACAUACGUGGUAAUGGCUCGAUUGGGAAUUUUCAUGUUGCUGAUCGUUUCAUUAUGCGAGCUUUCGUGGUUGAAUGACGUCUCAGCUUGGCUAGACGGAACGAAAUUAAGCCAAGCACUAACUAGACUGACUACAGAUGGACUUCGCAUCCCUGAAAUACAGGGUCAAAUUGAUAAGCUUGAGUUCCACGAGGAGUCGGUGAGUGGAGCAUCAAUUAUCCUCUCAUUAACUUCUGAAAUUGCCGAGAAAUUCACUGAGAGAUUUAAAGUAGUGCAAAGCCUCAAGCAAGCAGUGGAAGAAUCAUACAACAGAUCCCACACUUACUUUGGACAAUGGGAGUGUUGUCAAAUAGAGUAUCGUCCUAGUAACCUUGAAUAUGAUGCAAGAUUCCGUCAAAGGGUAGACGUCCAAAGGGCUUGCGUUAAGAUUUCAGGAACUGCCUCAAAGAAGCGUCGAUACUUGGACGAACUGGUUGUGAGCAAAAUGAAGCAAAUCUCUAAUGACUUUCCCUUUAUAAAAUGGCAAUUCUUUGGUUCAGCGGAAGGCAUGUUGACUCUGUUUCCAGCGUUUGGGGAUAAAGCGUCGUGUUCUGGAUAUGAUCCUCGAUUGAGGCCAUGGUACGUUGAAACUGCAAUACCAGAACCAAAGGAUGUUGUGCUAGUUGUAGACACAAGCGGUUCAAUAGGAACCAACCUCAUGAACAUCACCAAAGAAGCUGCAAAGAUACUUUUUUCCACAAUGAACCCUAGAGACCGAAUUGGAGUAGUUUCUUUUGGUACGGUCGCCUCAACGCCAGGAAAAUUUGGCAAGAACUGCUUCAGUGAACGCUUAGCGGAUGCAACUCCCUUAAACCUAAGAUAUUUGGAAGGCUAUCUAGAAAGUCUUAAAGCCCAAGGAGUAACCAAUUAUGCAAAAGCUUUCAGUGCUGCUUUCCGUUUGCUUAAAAACUCCUAUGAUGGUCCAGACAGUACCAGGAAAUUGAUGAUUUUUUUUUUAACGGACGGCUUGCCUAGCGACGACAAGGCAAAUAUAAUGCGAACAAUUAAGGAAAGCAAUGCCGAACUGCACAAUAAGGUAGUGAUCAUGACAUACGGGAUGCUGUUCGCUAAGAAGAUACUCCUCGACAUUGCAAACCAAGAUGGCACCUCCUAUGGAGUCGACAAGACACAAAAUGCGAUGGCUGGAAAUUUUACUAGUAUCGAUGACACAACGAAUCUAAGGAACACCAUGGGAAAGUAUUACGACUUCUUCUUCAAAAGUGGAGCCAGUUACAGACCCAUUAUUUCGGUUCCUUACAUAGACGCUUUUGGAACUGGGCUCUUAACUACAGUUGCACUACCUGUGUAUCACGAGAACAAGUUCAUCGGUGUGGUGGGUACAGACGUCAGCAUGGAAGAUAUUCAGUACCAAAUUAACUACCUCCAAAGAGGACAAGCAAGUUAUGCUUUUAUGGCAAAUAGUUUUGGAAGGGCCAUGUUACAUCCCCUUCUUCCAGCCCCCUUAGGCGCCUUUGAGGACCCCAUUUUCAUAGACAUAGCUGACUUGGAACCAGAGCCGCAGUUUCGUGACAUUGUUAAAUCUAUCAUGCGGGGUGGUGACGGAAACAAAACUUUUGUGUCAAAACAAUUUCUGGCGCGUGGAGGUAAAGUUGCAGAGGGAGUCAGAGUUGUAGAGUUGUAUUCAACCUACUACUGGAAAUCAAUUCCGGAAACCAGUUUUACUGUUGGAAUUGUAGUUCCUGUCGGUGACAGCGAAGGAACCUUGGUCAACCAAACAAUCUCCCCAGCUGCAAAGUUUGUUUACCAUCGUUUGGACCUUGUCAAACUUGGAGAGCCCUGUGUCCAUUUCACAAGAUAUGCUUCCAAAGACGCAGUUGUGAAAUUCAGUGCUGAAGCCUUUACAGAUCCAUACAACUACCUUGGUUCGAGUGAGACUGCGUCUACUGUAGCUGCGUACCAGAAGUUUCUUAAACAAACAAAUGCACGUAACCCUGGAUUUAAGCUUGGCAUACGGGACACAGUUAGAGCUACACGAAUGGUCGAAGAUAUCUGGAUUCAAGGGUCAGAAGGUUACAUGAGAUACCUGGUUCGACAAUACAUUGGAACAAAAAAUGGCGUAUUUUUACUAAGACCUGGAACCUUGCUAGCGAAGUCAUUUGAUCCAACCAAACGUCCAUGGUACAACUCAGCUAUAAGUAACAAAGGAUUAAUUACCUUAACAACCCCGUUUAUGGACGCUGAUGGAGCAGGACCAGUUAUAAGUGUGGUUCACAGCCUUUAUUUUGGAAAACGAAACAACACCAACGAUCAUGUCUUUGGAGUCACUGGAGCUGACAUUCCACUUUCCUACUUCACGAGACUCUUGAGAGAUGGCUAUCCCGAGUGCAAAAGCGGCAACCAUACUUGCUUUUUGCUGGAUGCAGCUGGUUUUCUUAUCCUUUACGAUGAUUUUCUAUUUCCUAAUGCGUCUGCAAAAACAGUGGAGUAUGUUCAUAUCACCGAGAAAGAUAAAGACUUGGCCGAAGAUCUCAUAAACAGGAGAUUUAUGAAGAGAAAGAAGUGUCGAGAUUUAAGAAAGCUGAAACUGGAACUAUUUUAUGAAUUUCAGCUGCCGAGUCAGGGUGCAAACACAUUAUUUAACGGAAAACGUUGUAGAAGGUACCAACUUUCCCAGUUAGACGGAAGCAAUAUCAUUUUAGGUAUCAAAUUGCGAGAAAGAAACUGCCCGACGAAGCCUUGCACCUGCUCUGGCGAUGGAAUGUGCUCCAGAAAAACUGAGUUGACUUGCCAGUGCCCAUGUUCUUCAGAACUUAGCUACGAUCAUUGUAGAAACGCAUUUCUCUCCAAUAGAUUUCCUCUUUGUCCCCCGUCAAGAGGUAUUUUGUCCACCGAAAACGUUACCGAUCUGCCUACAACAGGAUUACCAAAGUGUUUUAAUCCACGUUGCGUCACUUAUCCGGACUGGGAAUCCUGUGUCGGGGUCGCAGGUUGCUACUGGUGUGUACGCGACAAAAGAAGCAAACCUCUUACAACCAAAUAUUGCGCUGACAGAAGUGUUUGCUACGGCGGCAUGGAGGUUUCAGUCGUAGAUUCAAUAGACUAUCCAAAGAAGAACCACAAUAAAACAAACGACGAUAGGAAAGGACUGCCGAAAGGAGCUAUUGCAGGCAUUGUUGUCGGAUGCCUAUUUCUGUUCAUUAGCAUCAUUGGUUGUGUAAUUUUCUAUCACAAGUAUUGCCAUUAUUAUGCUAUUGGAGACUCGCCUGAUGUUCAGCUCGAGCCUUCUGCACCUCCAUGCGACAAGCUGUUCUCGUAGUUGAAUAUAAUCGACAUAUAGGCUUCCAUUUUGGUAGAUCCCUGUGAGAAAGGUGGUGUUUAACAAUUGGUUCAUGCUUUAGCACGCACUAUCGAAUUAUGGAGCACGCGGGAAGUUUGGAGAGCACGGU